AUGUUGAAAUUCACCUACUCAGCUCUACUAAUUCUAGGGAUACUCAUUUUUGUAAUUUCAAUUCCAGAAAAAUUAGUUGAUAGAAGAUCGAAUUCGAGUGUCACGAAAAAAGCAAUAAUCAAAACCAUUAUGGUUGAUAAAGAUGAGAUCAUCAAUUAUUAUGAUAUCUACAAACAAUCUUCUCUUAAUCAUCCUUCGCUUCAUAAUCACACAAUACAGCACGCGGUAAUUAAGGUGGAUGGAAAUUUCCUAGGAUCACAAAUAAAAAUAAAUCUUUGGAAUCCGGUUGUGGAAGUACCGGUUGAAAUAAGUGUAUCCCAAAUUUGGAUUGGAACUUCUGACGGUGAUGAUGCCAAUAUUAUUGAAGCUGGAUGGCUAGUUUCCCAACAUUUAUACGGUGAUGACCAGACCAGAUUCUUUAUAUUGUGGACUACUGAUAACUGUAAAAGUGGUUGCUUCGUCCUCAGAUGUGAUGGUUUUGUGCACAUAUCCUCGGAUGUCGCCCUUGGUUGCAAUUUCACAGAUAUGUCCACUUUCAAAGGCGAUCAAAAGGAUGCCUCCUUCGGUAUACACAAGGACCAAAAUAGUGGAAAUUGGUGGGUAAUUUUACAAGGUAUUCCCGUAGGAUAUUAUCCUAAUUCUCUAUUCACUCAAUUAUCAAAGAAAGCAACAAGAAUAGAUUUUGGUGGAGAAAUAUUUAAUACGAGAUCGAAAGGACGACAUACUAUAACUCAAAUGGGUAGUGGUCAUUUCCCUUCAGAAGGAGGCUUUGAAAUAUCUAGCUUUUUUAAUCAUGUUCAAGUAAUUGAUGAAAAUAACGAAACAAAAGACCUCGAAGAUGUUAAACUUAUCAUAUCAAAUCCAAAUUGCUAUGAUUUGAAGAUUGAUGACGAACAUGCAAAUGGUUACAGUUUUUAUUAUGGAGGUCCUGGUUACACUGAUAAUUGUGAAUAA